GGGAUUUUCGAUCAUUCCGUCACGACUUGAACGCAUCAGAGCAAACCAGGACUUUUCUGUGGGACUUUGAACUUUACAAACAAACAGUUACUGACAGCUGGAUAAUAUUUAACAAAGUAGAAUUGACUCAGAGGUGCAGUCAGCUUGAAAUAUUGAUCAACCAAUAACUUCUGGUCUAUAGGAGAUAAACGUGUCGCGCUGUCGGGCAGCAGGGCACCAAAAUGUCGCUCCGCUACCAAAACAAAGUGGUUGUUGUCACUGGAGGUUCCAAAGGCAUCGGCAGAGGGAUUGUCAAAGCGUUUGUGGAAAAUGGAGCCAUCGUGGUGUUUUGUGCAAGAGGAGUUGCAGUAGGUGAAGCCCAGGAAGCAGAGUUCAACACGCAGGGACCAGGAUCAUGCAAGUUUGUGAGGUGUGACAUGUCCAAGGAAGAAGAGAUCAAGCGACUGAUCACAGUCACAGUGGAGCUUUAUGGAUACAUCGACUGUUUGGUCAACAACGCAGGCUGGCACCCUCCUCACAAAUCCACCGAUGAAACCACAGCAGAGGAGUUUAGAAAUCUUCUAAAUCUGAACCUCAUCAGCUACUUCUUAGCUUCCAAGUUUGCCCUACCGUAUCUGCGUCAGCGUCAGGGAAACAUCAUUAAUAUCUCCAGUCUUGUGGGCACCAUUGGUCAGAAAGAUGCUGCACCUUAUGUUGCCACUAAAGGGGCGAUCAUCUCCAUGACAAAAGCCAUGGCUGUGGAUGAAAGUGGACACCACGUGAGAGUGAAUUGCAUCUCUCCAGGCAACGUGAUGACACCUCUGUGGGAAGAACUUGCGGCACAGACGGUCGAUGCCACAGCUACCAUCAGAACGGGGGAAAAUGCGCAGCUUAUGGGUCGGAUGGGGACUGAGGCUGAGUGUGGAGUCGCUGCUGUGUUUCUGGCUGCAGACGCCACGUUCUGCACCGGCAUCGACCUCAUUCUCAGUGGAGGAGCUGAACUCAACUACGGCUUGAAGAGUCAGAUCCCGUCCUGAUGGUCUCUGAUGUCCACAGUGUCAGCAGGAGAUUAGUUCAGAUACUGACACGAUACCUGCUGCAGGAUUAAAACAAAACUCAUUCAUAAAAUUUUAGUAGAGAUGUUGGUAUUCCAGGACAAUAAAUAUUGUUGGCAUUUUCCCUGGUAAAGAUAUGUUCUGGCAUCCAGGCGAGCUGUAACAGGACCCGCACCACUCCCCUCCUGAGAGGCCAUUCCACACCAAGCAGUUUGACGUAACGUAACCUCUGUUUUUCUAACCAAUCAGGGGCAAGGCUUUUGGCACGCCUCUAAUAACUCCCUCAAUCAUUCUGAUUAAAAUAAAAAUUACCUCUAAUAUUGUUGCAUUUUAACAGAGUAGUCCGUAUGAUUUUAAAUUAUUAAACCAGAACAUUUUCACUGUAAUAUAUUCUAAUGUAUUAAUACAAAAUAAGCAGUUCUGAAACAGGGUAUGUCUGAGCGGAACUCAUUUGGAUUUGCAUUUGUUUCCGCACGGGUGGAUAAUCUCGGUUUAUCAGCAGAGGAGAUGGCAGCCCUCCGGACGGUGAGUGAGUUCAAUGUCUAAUGUGUUCCUUAUCUGUUUCACUGAUAACCGGGUCCAACAUUAUUUAACCAGUAAACACCGAGGAAAGGAGAUAACUGUUACUGUAUAACCGACCAUUCCCGCGCCGGGGUCCGACCCGCCAGCACGCACUGCGGGGCACGAAUCGACCGCACGCCAGACUUCAUUAAAAAAUAAAAUAAAACUAAAGUUUCGACUAAACAUGAGACGUAGAACAACAAACUGGAGGUUGAAUGUGAAUUUUAAAGAGUUGACGACCAAUUCGGCAACCUUGUAGCGUUAAUAUGUUUAUAGUAACAUUUGAAAUGUUUUAUUUUAUACUUUGCACAACGUUAACUUCUAAUGUGGCUUUUGUUUGUGUUUGUUUUUAGUGACUAAGGUUCAUUCAUGAGUUUUUCUUUUGCUACGCCAUAAACGUAUAAGUCUUUAUGGCAAAAUCUGCUUAAUAUACAUGCAAAAAUGUAUUUUGAGUUGAUAAUGUGAACAUGUUUUCCCUUUUUACAUGGUUAUGUUUUUAUAAAUUCAAAUAUUUUGUCAUAGGUUUCCUCCAUUUCCAGUCUUGAGAUAAAGGAAACGUGGCUUUCAUAAGAUUUAUAGCUGUAUGUAAACACUCAGUAGAGGAGGCAAUAAAGACAAAACUUGCAUUA